AUGAGGAGUAGCGGCGGACGCGAGGCGCGGGCGUCGGCGGGGUGGAAUGCGCUGAUGGCAUCGGCGCGGCUGCCGCCGCUGGCGACCAAGGUGGCACGGGACGAUGCGAUGGUGCGGGCUCCGCUGGCGCGGUCGCCGGUGGUGCGGCAGACAGCGGCAGCGGCGGCGGCGGCGGGACGGCGGCGGCAGUGGCGGCGGCGGCGGCGGCGAGCGGGCGAGAGCAUGGGCAGCGCUGAUGAGAGGGAGCAAGUGGAGACGGUGGACGCGGCGAGCAACGAGAGUGGGACGAUGUUGGUCAUGGCGUACGUUGUCCUGCUUGUUGCCCUAGUCUCUGUCUCGUCUGCGGGCGCGGUGCUGCGCAAGAUCAAUAUUUCACCGCUGGCCAAGGCGUCGUCCCGGAUGCAGAUGACGGCAGCACUGCAGUUGCCGGGCUUUGCUUGGCAGCUGUGGGCCGGACGCCGUGCGGGGUGGAUGAGCAAGCUCGGAUCGCGGUGGCUGGCGUGGCGGAUUGGGGCAUCGGGCGUUGCGCUAGCUGCGCACUUUGGGCUCUGGAUUAUGUCGUUGGACAAGACGUCGCUGACCCACUCGCUGCUGCUUGUGACGACGCAUUCUAUUGUGAUGGUGAGCGGGAUGUGGGCGCUCAAGCUGGCGCGGAUCCGACCGGACCUUGCAAUCUCAUGGGGCGAGUCGCUGGGGACGGUAGUCGGCUUUGCCGGCCUUGCGAUUGUCUCGCUGGACAUUUCUGCGGAUGCCGAGGUGACGCUGCUCGGCGAUGUGUACGCAUUUCUGGGAGGGGUGGCCAUGAUUGUGUACCUUGUAGUCGGCUUUGCGGUGAGGCAGCAGCUGCCGCUGUUUGUGUAUGUGUUUCCGGUGACGGCGCUGGCGGCGGUGGUGCUGAGUCUUGCGGCGGCGGUGGCCGAGUACGAUACCGUGAGCUCUGCGGGCGGCUGGGGGCUGUUUGCGUGGACGUGGACAUCACCGGACGUGUGGUAUGUCAUCUACGUGGGCGUCGUCCCGGGCAUCAUGGGUCACACAUUCAUCAACUGGGUUCUGCGCCACCUGCCGUCGCUGGUGGUCUCGGUCACGCUCAUGACCGAGCCGCUGGUUGGCACGCUCAUCGGGCUGGUGGUGGGCGAGUCGUCGGUUCCGGGCUUGUGGACCUUUGUCGGUGGGCCGAUCCUUCUCGCAGGCUCGGUGUGGACGACAAUGAGCUCGCAUCGACGGCAGCGCAAGGUCAAGGGCAAGAUUGUCGACGCGCCACUGGAGGCUGGGUCGGCGAGCGAGCCGUAG